AUGAAGUUUGGAGAGACCUUGUACCAACGAUCGGUACCGAAGUGGGCAGCAUAUAACCUCAACUACAACGAGCUCAAGAAACUGAUAAAGCAACGGACCACAAAUGGCGCCGCCGCACCUGUACCCAUUCCUGGACAGUCCGAUCACAGGUGGUCCCUUCUAGAAGACGAAUUCUAUGGCAUACUGAAAGAGCAAUAUGACAACAUUGGCAUGUUCCUGCGUAGCAAAUACGGCGAGACUGAGAGACGUCUGGCUUAUUUGGACAAGACAGUCAAGUCGGCCAAACGUGCAGCCAAGCAGUAUGCUGGUAGACCCUCCUUGCAGGCUCGAAGGUAUCAACGGUUGGCACAGGAAGCAGAAAGCAUAGGAGAAGACAUACAGGCCUUGUCAAGAUUCGCCACUGUACAAAAGAUUGCCUUCCGCAAGAUACUGAAGAAAUACCGGAAAUGGACAAAAUCCGACGCUCUGCGCGCGCGCCUGGAGGUUGGCGUCUUCUGUGACGGACAAUUAGAGCUCAACGUCUCUGAACAGAUGCAGCACCUUGCCGCGCAAAUCUCGGUUAUCGAACGUCUCCAGGCUGACCUCUUCCAGCCUGGUUCACAUGACCAAGGCCAGAACCUGUCCACCACCAAAAUAGAAUCGCCUGUCUCUCGGAUCACAAAACAUGCUCAAGCCGGGGCUCUUUACUUCGAUGCAGCCGUGGCUUCAGUUCCGUUUGGUGAGGCUGCUGGUACGGCGACGUACUGGAUACACAUGGACGAUUUGGAAGAAGCCAAGGUGUUGUUGUUGCGGUACAUGCGGGACUUGAACCUCCCAUAUACAUUGCUUCGAAACCACUCCAUGGACAACGUGACUGAGGAUGUCGCUCCCCCCGCAAGCGAACGAUCUGUAUCAACUUGCUACUUCGACAACGUGUACCGCUUUAUACAAGAUCAGAGUACGCACAGUCCUUCCAAGAUAGCUAUGUGCGCUCUCUGGUCACACGAAAAGGAGGCCUUGAUUACCUUGUCCGAUAUGUCCCCCAAGUCUGACCACAAUUCCACUCUAGCCAUCAGACGGAAAGACCUUCAAGCGGCUUUGGACAGAGAUCUACCUGCACCAAAAGAACGAUCCAGUAGUGCUGCUAACGUCAGUACAGUCAAGGAUUUCUUGUCCCAACAUCGUGACCUAAAAGCUUUGGCUCUACAAGACACAAGACGAUUGCGCUUAGUCGGCCUCAAUAACUCGGCCGAGGUAGGAACGUUCGCAACUCUCGACACAAAUGUCUCGUUUCGGCCCUUCAACAAGGACAUUCUGGAGGCAUCCAACAAUGACAUCGCCGAACAACAACCGUUUCCCCAUGCGGUCUUGCAGAUACGAUGGGAAUUUGGAAGAAAGCCUGAAGUUUCUCGUCGUACUCGGCGCACCACAGAACCUGCGUCUGGCACAACAUCUGGACCUUCGUCAACUGGCGACAGCGUCUUUUCUGCUGUACCAGAACACUCAGCUGGCUCAGAGACCAGUCCAGUUACAUCGAUGAACGACUUGCGCCUUGCAGAGUCGACCUCAGAACCGACCACUAGAAAAAAGAAGAAGGCUCGAAUCGACGCCGAAAGCCCCACUCGAACAGCACGCUAUUAUAGUGAGUAUGACGACCCUGGUUCCGAAUUGUACCAGCAGGAAGCCUACACCAUUUACAUUGACCCGGACGCAGAAGCACUAGGUAUGGCUACCUUGAAGAAAAUUCGCGCCUCAGCGCAGAAGACCUUGAAUCAGCUGUGGACGACUACUGGUGGGGACAAGAGUGGAGGUGCAAGCGAACGUUCACCUCUUCUGACUGAUCGUUCCAGUGCGGAUGAGGGAGAGCAAUCGUCAGAGUCUGAUGGAGAGACAGCUCCUAGCCGACCCAAACAUAACGGUCUCAAAGGUCAUAUUAGACCUGCCGAGCGCUAUCGCAUGCGACUCUCGCGUCGCCAACGAGGGUUUGAACGAACGCGCAGUCGCAUGUCUGCUGGACUCGUCAUACUAUCUUAUGUCCUUCUUCUGAUGUCAGCGACUCUACUGGCGACUGGACGCCGAAAGGAGUAUCUCGAGGUCGACGUCGGUGCAACGAUUGGUGUUGUAGUCUCCUUCAUCUGCAUGUUACUCAGCCUGGGUAUAGUAUACACGCGCAAGACGCCAAUGGCAAGAGUCGAAAAGGUGGCGAUCAUACUCGCGACUGUGAUGAAUGUACUUCUAACCGCCGCCGUGGUGGUUGGUAUUAUUCAGAAGGCGGAACGUCGUAAGCAGUGA